CUGCGGGCUUUCUGGCUUCUCUCUCUGCAUUUUCAUCUCUUCAUCACGUCCUUUCACUCUUAGCUAAUUCUCCCAGAGUAACUUCCACCUCCCAUUUACUUGCUAUCUCGCACAUAUAUAUGUUCGUUUCUCUAACAUUAAUAAAUCUCUUUCUUGUUUCGACGAGUUUGAGGUAGAUUUUUGGGGAUUUCCAUUUAAAGCCUUAGCCUUCAUUAUUUUAUUAUAAGGCUCUGCUAUCUUCUCUAUAUAUAGCACUUUUAUCUUUAAAAAAAAAAAGUUUUUGGCUUUUGUGAGUUCUCAGGGUUUAGGGUUCUUAUAGUACUUGAGUUUUCAGGGUUUAGGGUUCUUCAACUUCUCCUUAAAUUAGCCAGCCAAAAAUAGGAGUUGGAUUCUGGACUGGGCAAGGUAUAAUAAUGGCGCCUUGUUGUCUGAGUGGAGGUGGGAGAGCAUAUAAAUUGGAGGUUGAGAUAAUGAAGUCUUCGUCGCCAUUAUCAUCAUCAUCUACUUGUUGGGCAUCCCGCUUAUCUUCUUCUUCUUCCCCUACUCUCUCAGAAUCCAGUAAUUCUUCUUCUCCGGUUGCGCUCUCCACCAGAAAGCCUCGGACGCCUCGGAAACGCCCCAACCAAACAUACAAUGAAGCCGCCGCGCUCCUAUCCACCGCCUAUCCGGCUAUAUUCACAAACCCGCCGCCUUCCAAAUUCGCCCCACCCGCCUUCUCCGGCGAUGAUGAUGAUACCUUUCUUCUACAAUAUGAUGAAAGAAUCCCUGCUGCUCUCCCUUGCAAACUGCUCGCCGGCGGCUGGGAAAUCCGCUCAAAUUCGCCGCCCAUCAGAUUUGAUUAUUGCCAGGAUUAUUUUCAAGACGGGUUUGACGCGGGUUCGAUUUUGGAUGGGGAGAUUGAGGAGGGUGGUAUUGGUAUUGAUAGCAUUAUGGGGAAGCUCGGCGGCGACGAUUCCGCACGGGAGGGUGAAUGGAUGGGCGCUAGGGCUACUUCUUACGGGUUUCCGAUUGGGAUGGGAUUUAAGGCGGCCUUAAAGAAUGUUGGCGGCGGUGAUGGUGGUAGUGGAGAUUAUUGGUGGAGAUUUCCGAGGGUUAACGUCGUGGACAUCACCCCAAAACCAGAGAAAUCUGCGCCGGCGCCGGAGAAGAUGAUGAAGAAGAAGAAGAAGAAAAAGAAAGUGGAAAAGCCGGCGGGUGAAUUUCGGGUUACUCAGAAAGAAGAGAAGUCGUCGUCUUCUUCAGCUCAACGUGCAGCAUUAUCCAAAGAGGAUGAACCCAAAUCCACUUUGCUCCUAAAAUUGAACUACCACAGCGUUUUGACGGACUGGAUGGACCGGCCAUCGCCCUUCUCCGAUGAACCUCCGUUCUCCGAAGCUACCGGAAAUGAUGUCCAAGCUAAAUUGGCACAAAUAGACUUAUUCUCAGAAAAUGGGGUUAGAGAAGCAAGUGUAUUGCGUUACAAAGAAAAGCGGCGCACACGUCUUUUCUCAAAGAAAAUAAGAUAUCAAGUCAGAAAAGUCAAUGCAGAUCAACGUCCUAGAAUAAAGGGACGUUUCAUGAAAAGCCCAAAUUCUCCCGAUGAUAGCGAGCAAGGAUGAUGCAUCAUGGGGGACCCUUGAGCCAGCCAGCAGGCAUCUUUCAAUUAAUUAUUCCUUCCCAUUGUUCUCAAAAGAUCCCGAUCCGGUAGAGUAUCUGAGAAGAUAUAAAUUAUAAUAACUCAGCUGAACACAGAUGUUAUACCUUUGCUUACUGCACACAAAGAAUUCAUCACUUUGAGAGAUUGCUCCCACAUUAUUCAAAUGUACUUCUCAAAUUUCAUUUUUGUUUACUCUUCAGAACUAUACUACGGAGUACUAUUUUAUUUUUAUUUUUUAAUCAUUAGAUAUCUACCUAAUUUUAAUUGUUUUUUGGACAUUUAUACUGAUGAAGGAAGAUAGACUAGGAUCUAAGAGAUCAAUCUGAAUAAUAGUCCAAAAGACCAGUUUUCCCCUGGUCUUCCCCUUUCUACUUGUCCCAAAUUUUGGUGGUUCAAAUAAAACCACCAAAUAAUAAUUAUUAUUAUUAUA